UCUCAAGACGUUUGCACUUUUGUGGCCCCAGAUAUUUUAGCUCAAGUGCACGCAUUAGAUUGAUUUGUCUUUUUUUUAUUUUAAUUGUGCUUGUAUUGCAGUCCGGAAGUGUAGCCUGUGCCCCCGUCAUGUCCGGGACACCUAAACGGCGUAAGCUCUAUUUAGAGCCAUUCUUUGAUGGGGACGAGCUGCCGAGAUCAACGCGGUACAGGGCGUCUCGCCUCGCGGCUAACACUAGCGAAGCGCAAAGCGUAAUGUCGGACAGUGUUCGUGCUGCAGACGAAUCCGCUGGGAAUUCACCAGUUCGCGUGUACGACUGGUCAAACGGGGAAGUCGACGAGUGCGAAGAGUUUGGGCAAAACGUCGAUGAGGAACGCCUUGCACAGAACGCAAAUGAAGAUCGUGAAGGUGAAGAUGACGGCUGCAGCUCUGAUUUCUCAGCAGGAGACAUCGUGACCCUAGUCAUGGACUUUGCGGUCAACUUUGGUCUAGCGUGGACACAAGUAGAGCACUUGAUGAAGCUAGUGAGUUUUUUACUGAAAAGAAACGAUCUCCCAGACACAAAGUUUCUUUUCAAGAAGUUUGCGGGAGUCUCGACUGAGAGCAUGGUAUUUCAUUUCUACUGUCCUGAAUGCAUGUGCCUUCUUGGCGAAUGUGACGGAGACCUCAAGAAAAGGAAAGAAGUGGAGGCAACAUGUGAGCAAUGCAAACAGCUGUAUACUGGAGAUACCCUUACGGCGCAAGGAAGUUUCUUUGUCAGUCUUCCCAUGGGGCAGCAGCUUGCUUCAAUUCUCUCAUCUGCAGAAAUUUCCAGGUCGCUGAAAAACUCUUUAGAUGCACUGUCACAUCGUUCAGAGGCCACCUCCAUGACAGACAUUACAGACGGAAGUUUGUAUCGGCAGCAACGCAAGGAUUUCGGUCUUGGUGCUAUGGACUUGACCAUGACGAUAAACUCUGAUGGGAGUCCGAUUUUCAACUCGUCGAAGUUCUCAAUAUGGCCCGUUCAGACGCUAAUUAAUGAGUUACCUCCAGGAUUGCGGUCCAAAAAUGUUACUGUUGCCAUGCUGUGGUACGGCCAGUGCCAUCCAGACAUGACAUUGGUGCUGGAGGCAUUUUCCAAGCAAAUGGACUCGCUUGCCGAGAGUGGAAUCAAAUGGACGUGUGAUGGAGAGACCUUUCACUCAAAAGUCUACUGUUUCACUGGUACGGCUGAUGCUCCAGCCAGAGCUCUGAUGCAGAAUACUGUCCAGUAUAAUGGAUACUUUGGGUGUGGCUGGUGUUUGCACCCUGGCAAGUGCAUUGAAGGAACGGUCAAGUAUCCUGUCAGCGCCACAGCUCUGCCCGACAGGACUAAAGAAGGAAUGAUUAAAGACAUGGCUGAAGCGCACAGAAGCGGAGUGCAUGUUCGGGGAGUGAAGGGGCCGUCCCCGUUGAUUAAUUUGGCGGGAUUCGAUAUUGUGUGGGGCUUCACCCCCAACUACAUGCACUGUGUUUUGCUUGGUGUGACACGCCAGUUUAUGGAAUUGUGGUUGUCUGGUGUUGGGGCUCCAUAUUACAUAGGAUCACCACAUUACAUUAGGAGAAUUGAUGAAAGGCUAUGUGCCAUAAAGCCACCUCAGUGCAUCACACGCCUGCCGACAUCAGUUCAGUUGAGAAAGUUUUGGAAGGCGAGUGAGUGGCAGCAGUGGCUUUUAUAUUUCAGCCUUGUGUGUCUUGAUGGAAUGUUGCCAGGCAAGUAUAUGAAGCACUUCAGCCUGCUUGUGAAAGCAAUGCACCUCCUACUUGCAGAUACUGUCUCAGCUGAAGACAUAAAUCAGAGCACAGAAUGCCUUGUGCAAUUUGUUGUUAAAGUUCAAUUUCUUUAUUCUAAGAAGGAAAUGACAUCCAAUGUGCAUUUGUUACUGCACCUUGCAAAAAGUGCUUCAAUGCAAGGGCCACUUUGGGCACACUCUUGUUUUGUGUUUGAAGCGGGAAUAGGGAAGAUUAAGAAGCUAAUUACUUCUGCAAAAGGGGUGCCUCAUCAAGUCAUGAGCAGAGUGUUAAUGGCUAACAAAGUUGGUGCACACAAGGCAGCUGCAAGUCGCCAAGUUCAAAAUUUUUUGUGCUGCGAUUUGCGCAGGGAAGAGACGCUAGCACUUUUGGGCAAACCAAAGCCUGCCAGUGUAUCUCUUUGUAGAUUGAUUGAGGCGCAAGUCCCCCAGCAGAUCACUGGCCCUGUUGAGGAACAUGACAGAGUUCGCAUCUCUGGGCGCGUGUUCCACAGCGAACAAUAUCAGAGGCCUGACAGAACUGACUGCACAGCUGUACGUUUGCCAGACAAUAUGCAUGCAAAGAUAAAGCAUAUUGUCUCAGUGAGCUGCAGCGACAGAAAGAGAAUUUACUUUGUGUCAAAGAGCUAUGUUAGUUCUCUCUGUUUUGGCACAACACAUAUUUCAAGUGUUCAAAAGUGGGGGGCAGAGAAGGUCAUAGAGGUUGACAGUAGAGCAGCUGCAUGCCUUUGGAUUGAAUGUGAUAGAAGGCAGUAUUUUUGCAAUCUCGUCAAUCGUUUUCAGCAGUAAAUUUUGUGCUUAACUUUUGUUUACAUUUUGCCUUUAUAUAAUAAUUUUAAAUGCGCCUUGCAGUACUUUUUCUUCAUAAAUGUGAACACUAGAGUGAGAGAG